GGGGCGUCUGACUCAGUUAUAAGCGCUUAAGACUGAACAGCUGUUAAAGGUCUCUGUGCACAGGAAUGACACAGGCACCAGUUUCUGUUUAAGGAUCACAGAUCAGCUUGGACAUUUUGGACAAUGGAUUCUGAUUUCAAUUUCGAUUACAAUUUCGAUGGUGUGGACUACAGCAAUUACACAGCGGACAAUGCAACACCCGAGGAGGUACACACCUUCAGAGUGCACCCUGUCUGUUCUGGAGAAGUGAUGUGCAUGCUGCUGCUGGUGGUUAACGUGUUUAUCUUCUUGCUGGGCAUUGUGGGAAAUGGCGUGGUGAUCUGGAUCGCUGGGUUCAAGAUGAAGAAGUCAGUCAACACCACCUGGUACCUGAGCCUGGCCCUGUCGGACUUCAUCUUCUGCGCCAGUUUGCCGGUCAACACCAUCUACAUGGCCACCACCAACUGGAUUUUCGGACACUUCAUGUGCAAGUUCACGUCCUUCGCCAUGUUCCUCAACAUGUUCAGCAGCAUCUUCCUCCUCGUCGUCAUCAGCAUGGACCGCUGCGUGUCGGUCAUGUUUCCUGUGUGGGCGCAGAACCAGCGCACCAUCAGCAAGGCGUGGGUGAUGGUCAUCCUUGCGUGGAUUCUCGCAACAGCCUUGAGCGUUCCUUCAGUCAUCUACCGCGAAGUCCAGGAGCACCUUGGUGUGCACCGGUGCCUCAACAACUACACCACGAGCGAGCACAGCCACAGAACUGUAGCCACAACCCGAUUUGUUCUCGGCUUCAUCGUUCCCUUCCUGAUCAUCAUCUUCUGCUACUCCAUCAUCAUCUUCAAGCUGAAAAGCAACCAGAUGGCCAAAUCCACCAAGCCUUUCAAGGUCAUGACGGCACUCAUCGUCACUUUCUUCCUGUGCUGGUUGCCGUACCACACGUCUGUUCUCAUCGAGUUGAACCGAAGCCUUCCAAAUGAUAUCAUCAAUCUUUUACUGAAAAUCGGCACCAUGACCGCCUCGGCCAACAGCUUCCUCAACCCCAUCCUCUACGUCUUCAUGGGCAACGAUUUCAGGCGGAGGUUCAAGAGCUCCAUCCUGUCGAAGAUCGAGAACGCGAUGGGAGAGGAAGGGCGAACACUGAGCCGAUAUCUCUCCCGCUCGAGCUCCAUGGACGCCAGAGCUUCCACUCAUAUCUAACUCUUCAGCUUGGUAGUUAUUAAGUGACAGAACUAUAUUUGCUUUGGACUUGGAGAACCAGAAACGUAAACUAGAACAUUAUAGAACUACCAGCCAAUUCAAGAUUGGGUGGUGAAGAUGUUCAUGGUUGAAACGUUAACCCUGUGGACACGGACAAUCCAACCAAUCCAACCAGAGGAGAAUAUAAAAAAACCUGGUAGACUCUUUAAGAUUUUUUUAAAUAUAUUUUUUGUAUAUGUAUAUAUGAAUGAUCAACGUCAAUUUUUUUGCAAUUUUCAGACUGCUACUAUAUAUAUAAAUGACAUGAAUCAAGAAUCAUACCUUGACAAACUUGUACAUUAAAAAAAGACUAAAACCACAAAUUAUUGUAUAUUUCAUAUUGCAUUUUACUAGACCUCAGGAACGUUCUUUAGAUCUGGACUUCAGUUGAGUUGGUUCUAAGGAUGUUGUCCUGAUAAUGAUAAUGUCCAGCCUAGACUGAACUUUAGGUUUAGUUUAGGUCAAUUAAGAUUAUGGGGUGGCAAUUAAGAUCUAUCGGGGUGCUAAAAGAAGGCCUUGCCACCUCUGCUGCCACCCCAGAAUUAAAAGAAAAGUUAUUAUGCCCAAUUUGACAUUUCCGAGAGCAAAUCUCUGCGGUUUUAUGUUUUUUGGAUACAAUCCGGGUUAGCACCCGAACAUUCCUUUCAGACAGCUUCCUCUUACAGUGUCCACAGUUAAUCCUGUUGGAUGUGGUUGGUUCUUCUUGGUUUGACAUUACCCUGGAUACCGUUGCUCUUGAUGCAUCACAAAGACUUGCUGUCUUGGUCACAGAUGCUCCAGCAAGACGUGCACCAACAAUUUGUCCUCUUUUGAACUCUGGUAUGUUGUGUGCAUUACAAUAUUUAGAGCAGAACUGUGCUCUUACCCUGCUAAUUAAAUGGCUGGUCCAAUUUAGCCAUGAAACCUCCCACACUAAAAUGACAAGUGUUUCAGUUUCAUUGUCCAACCCCUGUACGUCUGCCCUCAAAAAUGGAAAAACAUCACAUAAAUGUAUAUUUUUAGAUCCGCCCCUGGUUAAGAUCAAUGCUUGUGUCUAGAAAUAAUGCCUUUUAUUAUGCCUAUUGAUUCUCUUGCACAUUAAAAAGCACUUUUGUGUGAUACUGCUGUGGAUGGAUAUAUUGUGAAUCCUUGUAAAUACUUUUGUAAAGCCAGUCAAUGUUUGAAAUAAACCGUUAACCAUA